AUGGACAAUACGCCCCUCCACCCCGAUAUCAUAACCCUGCCCCCGGACACCGGCCAGCGCCAUGGCGACUUCCUUACUGCGAUCCCCUACAACCGCUCCAUGUACCGCACCACCCUCCUCCUCCGCCUUAGCUCCCUCCUCGUCGCCUCCAUCAUCCUCGGCAUCGUCGGCGCCCAGCGGUACGACGACCUGAACAUGGUCGCCAACCUGGCCUUUGGCGCCCCGACCGCCGGCCUGGCCUGGCUCUGGAGCGCGGGCGACAUCGUCGCGCUGCUCGUGCGGGAUCGGGGGCUCCGGUGGACCAAGGACGACCCGAUGAAGCUGCCGCGCAGCACGCGCUUCAGCUGGGGCGCCCCCGGCGGGCAUGUCACCGCGCAUUUAUGCAUCUGGGCGCCCACGCUGGCGUUUAUGGGCAUCAUCCUCUCGACCUGGCUGAGCUACGCCAGGGACGGCGGCUGGGGAAAUACGACCCCCGACCCGCGGCAGUUGAGCAUUCUGUCGUCGCUUUCUGUCUUUAUGUUUCUCCUAGCGAUAAUCCAUUUCUCCCUCUUCGUCCUCGCCUGCGUCGCGGUCGACAACAAUCGGAGGCAGUACUCGGACGUCGUCUUCGUCCCGCGAGGGGAGCUGUGCGAGAUGGUGCCCGUGCCGCCGACGACGCCGUGGGAGCUCUUCUCGCCGAGGAGGCUGCUGCUCUCGUACUUUGCGAACCACUACGUGCGCUUCGUGCCGGGGGCCGACGGGACGGUGACCAUGGCGAGAGACUAUAGUAGUCGACAAGCAAGAUUUUGA